GUCUCCGCGGUAUAAAGCGGAGGGAAGGGGGAGCGUGCUUCUCUCCUCAUUUGCAUAUGGAACGUGAGGGCGUGGAUAACACCUCCAGUGUACUGUUAUGUGGAGGGUGGCUGCCUGGCAGUGUGGUCCUCCUUGAUGGUGCUGAGGGGAAGGGUAAUGUACGUGCGUGACACUGUUGGGUUAAUCAUUCUCCCUGAAGUAUUUUUGCUGCCAGCCUCAUAGAAAACAGGCAGCAAACUCACUACUCAGCAGAAAGGCCAGAAGAGAUUGGCAGAAUCCCUUCCCCUCCUCGGAUGUUCUCUACUUAGAACUCCACAGGCUUGUUCUGUGGUCUGUGUUCUCACCGGGAAAUCUGUGUGCUAUAUGUGAACUGUGCGGAUACAUGCAUCUAUAGACCGAGCACCAGAAGAAGAGCUUUUCCUCUGCCAUUUUAAAUGAAUUACUGGAUCUAAGUUACAAAUCUCCACGUGGACACAAUGGGUCAGCAAGGGCAGGGAUAUGGCUACUACAGGACUGUCAUCUUUAGUGCCAUGUUUUUGGGAUAUACUUUGUACUAUUUUAAUCGUAAGACAUUCUCUUUUGUCAUGCCAUCUAUAAUGCAAGAAAUCAAGCUUGACAAGGAUGAUUUGGGUUUGAUCACCAGCAGCCAGUCAGCGGCAUAUGCAAUCAGCAAGUUUAUAAGUGGAGUCCUGUCUGAUCAGAUAAGUGCCCGCUGGCUCUUCUCUUCAGGUUUAUGCUUAGUGGGCUUAGUGAACGUUGUAUUCUCGUGGAGCUCCAGCGUGCAAGUCUUUGCUAUACUUUGGUUCUUCAAUGGGCUGGCACAGGGAUUUGGAUGGCCACCCUGCGGGAAGGUUCUCCGUAAGUGGUUUGAGCCUUCCCAGUUUGGCACUUGGUGGGCCGUAUUAUCCUGCAGCAUGAAUCUUGCAGGCACCCUUGGUCCUAUCAUUGCAACCCUGGUGGCAGCGAGUUACAGCUGGCGCACCACUCUAUCCGUGUCAGGUCUGAUCUGCGUUGGGGUCUCUGUAGUGUGCCUUAUACUCAUCAAGAAUGAACCAUCAGAUGUGGGACUGAAGAAUAUUGAAGUAGGACCCAAGAAAGGGAAGAAAGGUUCUGGAGCUUCAGAUGAGACUACACUGAAGGAGUUCCUAUUGUCUCCAUACCUGUGGUUGCUGUGUGCUGGCUAUUUGGUUGUGUUUGGGGUAAAGACUUGUUGUACAGACUGGGGUCAGCUUUUUCUGAUUCAAGACAAAGGACAGACUGCUUUAAUAGGAAGUUCCUACAUGAGCGCUCUUGAGAUUGGAGGUCUUGUAGGCAGUAUCUUAGCAGGAUUGCUCUCUGACCGAGCAGUGGCAAAAGUAGGGUUGAAGAGCUAUGGUAACCCACGUCAUGGUUUACUCCUCUCUAUGAUGGCUGGAAUCGUGGGCUCCAUGUUUCUAUUCCGUAUUACAGUUACUCCUGGAUCACCCAAGGUUGGCGGAAUCUUAUCUGUCGCUCUGCAGCCACUUGCUGAGAUGUCCGGUCUGAAUGAACAAGAGGUUUGGAUUCUCAUCCUCGGAGCCAUAUUUGGCUUCUGUUCCUAUGGACCUAUUGCUCUCUUUGGGGUUAUUGCCAAUGAAAGUGCUCCAUCCAACUUCUGUGGCACUUCUCAUGCAAUUGUGGCCCUUUCUGCUAAUGUUGGAGGAUUUCUUGCAGGAUUGCCUUUCAGCACAAUUGCCAAACAUUACGGAUGGGAUACGGCGUUCUGGGCAGCUGAGAUGACCUGUCUGGCAGUCACCAUCAUCUUCUUUCUCCUGAGGAACAUCCAGACUAAAAUGGGGCGUUUACCCAAGAAGUCAGACUGAAAUGAAAUUCAAAGCUCCUCCCCAAGUUCCUCUGAAGAACAGGGACAUCAAGGUGGAGGGAUGGACUUUAAAUUAUCAAAUCUUUUCACCUUCAGGUACUGUAAAGUUCUGAUUGGGUGCUGCAAGCAAGUUGUGUGGCCUUUCCCUGUUCGGGCACAGAAGUGUCCUGACUGCAGGACAUGAAGGAAAUGGGGGUAUAACACAUUUCAUGUAGCCAAUGUGAAAUUCAUUAGUCUUCCUGCAUUUCAUGAAGGAAAUUUCAUUUUACCUUUAUGGUGAGAUGCCACAGAGCUCUAACUGGAAUUAAUAAUGCUGCACCUACCA